UAUUAUUUUAUGUUUGCUUGCCUGGUAACCCUGUUUAUUUUUAUUCUCUGUGUAUCAUUUUCUAUACAUUUUUGCUGCAAAGAUGUAUAUUUUUAUUCUUUUUUUCUCCAACAGGUGUAUCCAUUUUAAAAAAAGUAUUUCUGGCCACAUGAAAUAAUGAAUUUCAGUCAACCCGGAAUGAGUGAACAUUCAGACUUCUGUUACGAGUCCUUGAAUGGAUCUUGCCCGAAAUUCACCUACCCAACAGUGAUACGGAUUCCAUUGUAUAUUUUUUUCAUGACCAUCAUUGUUUUAACCAUUUGUGGAAACCUUCUUGUCAUCAUUUCCAUCGCUCACUUCAAACAGCUGCACACUCCAACCAACUGCCUUGUCCUCUCUCUGGCAGUGACUGACUUCCUUCUAGCAGUAGUCAUCAUGCCUCCUAGCAUGGUGCGAACGAUUGAGACAUGCUGGUACUUGGGAGAUGUGGUCUGCAAACUCCAUUCAAGUACGGAUGUAAUGCUAUCCAAUGUGUCCAUUUUAAAUCUUUCUUUUAUUUCUAUUGAUCGAUAUUAUGCAGUUUGCCAGCCCCUCCACUACAGGACCAAGAUCACCAGUGUAACUAUUGUGAUCAUGAUCCUGAUCAGUUGGAACCUGUCAUUCAUAAUUGGGUUUGGAAUGAUAUUUAUGAAACUGAACAUUUUGGGUAUUGAAGAUUUCUAUGAUAAUAACUUUCAUUGUUUUGGAGGCUGUUUCAUUUUCCAGAGCAAGACAUCAGCAAUUAUAGCUUCAGUUCUAUCUUUUUACAUCCCUGGGUUCAUUAUGAUCACUAUCUAUCAGAAAAUUUUCCACAUUGCACUGAAGCAAGCACGCUCAAUUCACAGCACUGCAUGUCAGCAGAUACAAACUGGAAACAGCACAUCUUUAAGCAACAUGGAGCGAAAGGCUACAAAGACUCUGGCCAUUGUUCUGGGGGUAUUCCUGUCAUGCUGGUCACCCUUUUUUGUAUGUAACAUAAUUGAUCCAAUCAUUAAUUAUUCUGUUCCACCUGGUUUGUUUGACGCACUUGUCUGGAUUGGCUAUUUAAACUCAACAAGUAAUCCUAUUGUUUAUGCUUUCUUUUACAGUUGGUUUAGAAAAGCAUUCAAAAUGAUCAUUUCUGGCAAAAUAUUUCAAGCUCAUUCCUCAAGGGCAAAACUGUCCACAGAAUGACAAGCUCCUGCAUUGACUUUAAUUUGAAUAUUUCAACUUGACUUCAAUAAUUAAUUAAAUAAUGGGAAGUGAAGGAGAUGCAGAUUUAUAGCAUCAUUUAAAAAGUAUAGCUCUUACAUUUAUAAAUAUGCAAAAGCAGUGUUUCAGUUAAAAAUGAAAUUAUAAGAAGCAAUAUGAGAGUUCUGUAACAGACCUAUUUUCAGUGGUAAAGAAACACAAAAAGUUCACACUUGCUUCAUCAAGG